AUGGGGAUCUUGACAAAUCAUCAACUGUCUUUCAUUUUUGGUCUCUUAGGUAACAUUGUAUCGUUCUUCGUGUUCUUGGCGCCAGUGCCAACAUUUUGUGAUAUCUACAAGAAGAAAUCAUCGGCAGGGUAUCAUUCAAUACCUUAUGUCAUCGCGCUUUGUAGUGCAACAUUGUUAUUGUACUACGGCAACCUCAAGCCCAAUGGCUUUCUUAUUAUCACCAUCAACAGCAUUGGGUGUGUUAUUGAAGUCUCUUACCUGAUAGUUUAUCUUAUAUAUGCGCCAAGGAAGGAGAAGAAAUUUACAUUGACGUUGAUCCUAGUGUUAAAUGUUGGGGCCUUUGGUACGGUGAUGCUAGUUUCCAAUUUUCUACUAACGGGUUUUAAGCGAAUCUCUGCCGUUGGGUGGAUAUGUGCUGCCUAUAAUCUAGCAGAAUUCGUCGCUCCUUUAAGCAUCAUGAAAAAGGUGAUUACUACCAAAAGUGUGGAGUUUAUGUCAUUUUCUUUGUCAUGUUCCCUCACUCUCUGUGCCACCAUGUGGUUCUUCUAUGGACUUUUUAUCAAGGAUAAAUUCAUUGCAUUACCAAAUGUGGUGGGAAUUUCAUUUGGAAUUACUCAAAUAAUCAUAUACUUGAUAUACUGUGGUUCUAAGAACAAGAAUACUGAAACCACAUCGGAGAAACAUCCAGUUCAACCUGAUCAAGAAAUAUUAGAAGUGAAGAUGAUUGUUAUAUAUAAGUCCGUCGAAUCAAUUGAGAGCGAUAUUGUGUGA